CCCUGUUUCUCCUUUACCCUGUUUCACAUACUUCAUAUUUACUCUAUAUAACUCACAAACCUGGGGAAAAAAAAUCAGUACUGCAAAAACAAGAAAAAAUGUCAAGAUUUUUAGUAUUAGUACUUCUUUUCCUUCUAUGUCUAUCCCAUUUAUCACUGAGUGCUGUUCAAAAAAGUACUUUUAUCGUACACAUGGCGAAAUCUCAAAUGCCAGAGAGUUACGAAGAUCAUACUGACUGGUAUGUCACGUCAUUGAAAUCAGUUUCUGAUUCUGCUGACAUGAUCUACUUAUACAACAACGUUGUACAUGGUUUUUCUACAAGACUAACUGCUGACGAAGCAGAUGCUUUAGAGAAGCAACCUGGGAUUUUGUCAGUUUUGCCAGAAAUGAGAUAUGAACUGCAUACGACAAGGACACCAUCAUUUUUGGGUCUUGACAAAAGUGCUGAUUUUUUUCCAGAAUCGAAUGCGGUGAGUGAUGUGAUUGUUGGAGUUCUUGAUUCUGGUGUUUGGCCUGAAAGUAAGAGUUUUGAUGAUACUGGAUUUGGACCUAUACCAGCUUCGUGGAAAGGGGAGUGUGAAUCUGGAACUAAUUUUAGUUCUAGGAAUUGUAAUAGGAAGUUGAUUGGUGCAAGGUACUUUGCUAAAGGUUAUGAAACCACUUUAGGUCCAAUCGACGAAACCAAAGAGUCUAAAUCUCCAAGAGACGAUGACGGACAUGGAACACACACGGCUACUACUGCAGCUGGUUCAGUUGUUCAGGGUGCUAGUCUCUUUGGAUAUGCUCCUGGAACUGCUCGUGGAAUGGCAACUCAUGCUAGAGUUGCUGUGUACAAAGUUUGCUGGACUGGUGGUUGUUUUAGCUCUGAUAUAUUAGCAGCUUUGGAUAAAGCCAUCGAUGAUAAUGUAAAUGUGCUUUCUUUAUCGCUUGGUGGUGGCAAUUCAGAUUACUAUAGAGACAGUGUUGCCAUUGGUGCCUUUGCUGCUAUGGAGAAAGGGGUUUUAGUAUCUUGCUCUGCAGGUAAUGGUGGUCCUAGUCCCUACAGUUUGUCCAAUGUAGCACCAUGGAUCACUACUGUGGGUGCAGGAACAUUGGACCGUGAUUUUCCUGCAUAUGUAAGUCUAGGCAAUGGUAAGAAUUUCUCUGGUGUUUCCCUAUAUAAAGGGGAUAUGUCACUAAGCAAAAUGCUUCCCUUAGUGUACGCUGGUAAUGCUAGUAAUGCUACGAAUGGAAAUCUUUGCAUGACGGGUACCUUAAUUCCUGAACAAGUUAAAGGAAAACUUGUUCUAUGUGACCGGGGGAUAAAUCCCAGGGUCCAAAAGGGUUCUGUGGUAAAAGCAGCAGGCGGAGCCGGUAUGGUUUUGGCUAACACCGUUGCAAAUGGGGAUGAGCUAGUGGCUGAUGCCCAUUUGCUUCCAGCAACGACGGUUGGUCAGACAACAGGGGAAGCAAUCAAGAAGUACUUAACCUCGGGUUCUAAUCCAACAGCCACGAUUCUUUUCGAGGGCACUAAGUUGGGGAUCAAACCAUCACCAGUGGUUGCUGCAUUCAGCUCCCGAGGGCCCAACACGAUCACGCAGGAGAUUCUUAAGCCGGACAUCAUCGCACCGGGUGUUAACAUUCUUGCGGGAUGGACAGGUGCUGUUGGUCCCACAGGGUUGGCUGAGGACAAUAGACGUGUUGGAUUUAAUAUUAUUUCGGGCACGUCUAUGUCAUGCCCUCACGUGAGUGGUUUGGCUGCUUUGCUUAAAGGCGCACACCCCGAUUGGAGCCCAGCAGCUAUCCGCUCGGCUCUUAUGACCACGGCUUAUACAGUGUACAAGAACGGCGGGGCCCUCCAAGAUGUUGCGACAGGAAAGCCAUCCACGCCGUUUGAUCACGGUGCAGGACAUGUGGACCCCGUUGCAGCACUAAACCCCGGGCUUGUUUACGACUUGAAGGCUGAUGAUUAUCUGAAUUUCCUCUGUGCCUUGAACUACACAUCGACCCAGAUCAAUACUAUUGCCAGACGACCCUUCAGUUGCGGAACAAGUAAGAAAUACAGUGUCACCGAUUUGAAUUACCCUUCAUUUGCUGUUGUAUUUCCAGAGCAAAUGACUGCUGGCAGAGGAAGUGGUUCCAGUUCAAUGAAAUACACACGAACGCUUACUAAUGUUGGACCAGCUGGAACAUACAAAGUUAAUGUUAUUUCACCAAGCAAUUCAGUGAAAGUCUCGGUUGAACCUGAAACAUUGACGUUUAUUCAUAUGAACGAGCAGAAAUCAUAUACCGUCACUUUUACUGCUCCUUCAAUGCCAUCAACUACGAAUGUUUAUGCAAGAAUUAAGUGGUCAGAUGGAAAGCAUGUAGUGAGUAGUCCAGUGGCUAUUAGUUGGACAUCAAAAGGUUACUGAUAGCUCGAGUUUCGAAUGUAGCUGCUGUUUAGUUAUGCUAAUUAUAGUUAUCUGCUAAAGUUGUAUGCAAAAAUUUGGAAGUUGGAUUUCAAAUGUUUUAUGGAAGAUAUGGAAAACUGUAUCCAUUCAGGAAGAUGGACAUGCCUUUUCUUGCUUCAUUGUACAGUAGUUGUCCAAGAAUUAGGAGUUUUCUCUUUUCUUGCAUUUACAAUCUUGCUCUUGUUAUUGUUUUGUGUUGUAACUGGUUGCUAAGGAUGUAACAUAUGAUCUUUAAAUUUUGGGAGUAACUUUUGUGCA